UCUGCUUAUGUUUUUAUUUACGUUGGUUGUAGAGUGAUUAUAGAACCAUUGUAAGUGAUGCGCAUGUAUUUAAAAAAUAAUAAUAAUUUAGUAAUCGUUCUUGUAAAGCGUGUUUCUUUCAAUUGGGUCACUGCUAGUCCCGUCUUCACAUCAGUACACUCAUGUUUCUCUUCAUAUCGUAUAAAUCUUUCGCCUUUUACUAAAGAUUUCCGUGGGGAGGAACACAAUGAGUAUAAUAUAAUUUUUUGAUGCCCUGCCGAAAGGCGGGGCUUCCCAAUUGGUUAAAAGAAAGAACUAAAAUACUCAAUAUAUAAUGUUAGUAUUCAAACUGAAAUUCGGAAAGUUUAAUUGGUACAAUAGAUUAAGGGUGAAAGAUUAUUUAGAGAUCACAAUCUAGAAAUAAGUACAUCACUUAAGUUUGGCAACAGGAAUAUAUAAACGAGGUAAUUUAUAAUUACCUAAUGAGAUAUUAGUCAACAUUGCGCCGAAAAACUACUCUAGUGUAGUUUCCAAUUCUCACUAUUAACUGGUUGGCUAUUAGCAUUAGCAGCACAAAUAAAUACAGAUUCCGUAAAACCUUAUUCGACAUCCUUAAUCCUACCAAUACUUAAACUUAACAACUACUUUAAUAAUUAUUUGUAAGCAGUAUUUAGGAGUACGUUGAGGCAAAACUAGUUUAUAGUUAGUUAAUAGCGAGAAUUGGGCCUUGAAAUAAAAUGUGACCAGAAAUAUUUAUGUAAGUUACUUUAAUAAGAUUUAUUCGAGCUGUUUCAAGCCUAUAUUUGUAUUAUUUACUAAAUAGGAUUUAGCUAGUAAUUAGUAACACUUAACUAAAUACUUUUUGGAGAGAGACAGUAAUUUGUACAGUAAUCUAAUUACAUGAUUGAAGAUGUAAUUAGUAUCUAGUAAUUCAUAUUUUACUUACCCGCCACUGCUUGUGAUAAUGCUAUGCAUCUACGCAUGCGCUGAGUCCCAAAAGCAUUAUCCGUGUUGUAUUUUAAAUAGGACGGGGAUAUUGAGUUUUUAAAGGGAUUACAUUUUAUUUUAAAUUAGUAGCAAAGAAAACGACAUAAUUUAUGUAGUUUAUAUACCACCAAAUUGCAGCUAAACUACAACAGGCAAAUUUCGAAACACCUACUACAUUUCCCAUGAAACCAUUUGGCGUGACGGAAGUGACGUAUGUUAUGCGGCUUCUGGUCCUGGAUUUAAACUGAAACAGCCACAUUAAAGAUUAAACGCGUGUGAAAGAUCUCCUAUAAUAAUAUUUUUUAAUAAUCGUUUUUUCCAGUGACUAUAUACGCGUUGAUGACGUUUGUCUGAGUAACCGAUCGAAUGCAGAUUUCAUGUUUGCGCUAUUGAAACGAUUAUUUUUAAAGGGUUAAUUUAUUCAGUUUGUAAAAUACUCGUGCAGAAUCAGGUGACGUGAUCGCUUUACAUGCUGUUGUAAGCUCACCUGUCAUUUACACCGUGUGCUUGAGAAUGAACUGGGAUCAUCAGUUGAGCUCCAUCCUGUCUGAAGCUGAUGGAAGUGUCGCAAAAAUGCGGGAGCGUCUGACUACACAUGCAAGAUCUCCGAGAGGAACAAAUGAUUUGUAUCCAGUGAGAGAGAGUGAUUUGAAACGCUCUUCCUCUCUCAGUCCUCAUGUUCAUUGGUCCGAUCUGACAGCAAUCCAGACUCAAUUACAACAGCAGAACCAGGCUAUUGAGACUUUAACACACAGUGUUCGGUUACUGGAGAGAGAACGAAACGCUCAACAAAGACUGAUACAAACUUUACAAGAGGAGAAGAGGAAACUUCAGAUUCGACUAGAAGAGAGAGAGACAGAUCGCCGGCCGCUGAGCCCAGGAUCAGACAGACGACUGGAGCAGUGGAAGAGAGACAUGGAUGGAGACUUGAGCAGUCUGAGAGAUCACAUCAACCGAACCAUCAGUCUGGGAACCCAUGAGGAAAGUUUCAGCUCUAAACGCCACAGAGAAGAACUGGAGCAGCUCAGAAGAGAGAUAGACGUCCUCAAAAACAAACUGAUGCGACAGGAGGAGGAUGUGUAUCAGAUCCAGACUGAGGCCAGAGAAACAAGAAGACAAAAUGAGCACAACUCCAAGGCGUUGGAGAGACUUACAGAGUCUCACCGCACACAGAGUUUUGAAGUCACUCGGAUGGUUUCGCAGUACAAAGACGUGUGUGAGCUCAGAGUUACUGUAUCUGAGCUGAAGGAUGAGGUGAGAGGUUUGAUCCUGAGAGACAUCCAAUCCAAACCUGUACAGCUGCCAACCAAACCAGUCACCAUUGAGUCGAAUCUCUCGAGACGCUUGUCAUCAGGUUCAGAGGAUGAGUUCAGUCUCACCCCAAGUCUGGGAGAGAUCAGCUCGGAUGAACCGGAUGCAUCCUGGUUGGGAGAACCAGAAAUACAUACGAAAAGUGGACGUCGUCGAGCUCACCUUAACUCGGGUCUUUCAGGAAGUGACCUCAGCGGUGCUGGAAGCGGGCUUGAUAGCGAUCUGGAGAAUGAAGCUGGAGGGGUGGAUAGAGUUUCAAACAGUCCACCAGAUCUCAGUCUCAGUGAUCUCUGACCUCAGAAACCAAUAAACCAAUCAGCUGCUACUGUCAACUGGAAACCUCGUUCUUACGUUUAAACUGGACAGUUUGAAUACUUCUGUAUUGAAGGCCUGGAGUAUUUUUGGCAAGGGCGCUGCUAAGGAUUUUGGGCCCCAUGAAAAGAAUCUUGACAGGGCCCCCAACACAGCUGAGACUUUUUUUAUAUUAAUUUACAUAAAAUCAUGCGCUUUUAUGGUAUUUUGACUACCAAUGGGGUGAGAAAAUUUUACUUGAAUUAGGUGUUUAAGAAAAAAGAAAUCUUAUUUCACAAUUUGUUUCUCAACCCAUUGGCAGAUAAUUUUGCUUGUUUUAAUGACAAUUUCACUUAAAUUAUAUAUUAAUUUGUCUUAAAACUAGACUUAUUUACUAAGAUCAUUUUGCUCAUCAAGAAAAAGCAUCUUAAUUUAAGAAUUUUUAGAUAUUUCUACUGAAAACAAGACAAAAAUACUAAGUAAGAAAGUCAUUUUUUGCAGUGUUAAUCGUUUAACUAAAACUGUGUAUUGUUAUUUUUUCCAGCGUUUUCUUGACCGAACAUGGGUAGAAAAUUGAGUUCCCUUUUCAUGCACACUAGUAUGGUCACCAGCAGUCAUUUUAACCGCAACAUUUAAACUUAUGGUAAUUAACUUUAACACUAGAACGAACAAGGCGUCAUUUUGACCAUUUAGAAAUUUGCAUAGUCAAUAACUUUGUCUAAAUAAAUCAUAAAGCCUUGCUGCUCCAGGACUUUUCCUAAAACUACAUGAAUUUUCAUUAAAACUAGUUUAAAUAUUUAUUGUGUGAAUAAAAACAGAAAUAUAAUCAUUUCUAUCUAUAACGUCCACAGGCAGUCAUUUUGUGCUGUUUAAAUUGAGUUUUGCCGAGUCGGUCUGAAUCAGAUAAUGUGAAAGUAUUACAACUCCACAUCAUCUUCAAGAGAUGCACUGAAACCUCACAAACAGCUGAUAGUAGUUUGUACAGUAGCUGGCAGAGGAUUUUUAUCAGAGUUCAUGAAGUUAGACUGCUUGCAAGACAGGUGCAACAGCGUGGACCGUAGCAGGGUGCUGAAAGUGGGCGGACCGGAGGAGCCUCGUACAAAGAUGCCGACAACGCCUGCCUGUGAGGCAAAGCCAUGCACCCGCUGCACCCUGCUCUAUCGAAACGUCCUUACUUGUCGAAAAAUGCUACCGUAGAGACCUGGGGCCUCAUGUACAAAGCGUGGGCAUAAGCACAAAAAAGUGCCCACUAACAAUUUAGGCCUACUUACAAACCCACCCAAAAAUUGGGUAACAUACCUUUUGCCACUUUCACUUCUCUUAUUUUUUUCUCUUUCCGUUUUUGACUUCCAGAUUUUUCAGACAUUUUCACUUCCUCGUCAGUCAAGUUGAUAUUCUGCCGGCGCUAUAAGUGAAGUCAAGCUGUGUUGAUUAUACAAUUUGGGCGGACUGAACAAUUUUAUGAUAAUUGAGAGGGGGGAAAGGGCCCACGGACGUUUGUGUUUCCUAAACAAAUACGAUUUUUUGAUACCAGGAAACAGCAAAUUGAAUAAUUUAAAGUUAAUAAUUUUUACUAUUAAAUAUUUUUUAGCUCGUGGGCCCCGAGAAUCGUCAUUGUUUACCACCCCUUUACAGCGCCCCUGAUUAUUGGUGCUUACUUCACUAUUCAAAGUCCCAAAUUCAAUACGCUUGCUAUUCUGUAUAACUGACUCAUUAAGCACAAUAAGAAAGUUUAAAUUAAGUAUUACUUUAUAAAGUACGAACCAUACAGUUGACAGUACCCAAUACUCAUUAACUUCACUAGUAGAAAAAAAUAAUACCAUGGAAGUUAUGGGUACCAUCAGCUGUGUGCUGUAUAUAUCAAGUAUUUAUAUUUAUGUGUGAUAUAAAU